UUUUUUGGAUAAUUGAAUAAUUGUUUUUCAAGCUUAGUAACAGUGGAAAUGAAUAGUAUCAUAAAUAUUACAAGUUUGCCUGAAAGUAAGAACUGAAAUCCUUUGAAAGCAGGUUCAAAUAGCAUCGAUCAUAUAUCUAUUCGGAGAAGGAAGAAAUCAACCAAUCAACGAUUCUAUAACUUCAAGACCUUACAAGGUCAGCCCAGGAUCACUGCUAAGCUUGAAAAGGCUCUGAAGAUGAUAAAAUAAGCAAGAAGGGCUUAUUCCUGGCUUGAAAAAGACUUGCCCAAUCGGCAAAAAUAGGCUUGCUCUUGAAAUAAUUAAAAGAAACUUUAAACUAAAAUAAAAUGCACAAUUACAUGCUAGAUUACACUAUUAGCCAUGAAAAGGGUAAAAAGAGGCCGAGCCAAACAAAUUUAAGGAAAAAUCAUCAGAUUGGAAAGAAAAUUGCAGUCUCAAAUCUCCAAUCAAGGGAGAAUUCCCAGCCAAAAUCCCUCACUAUUAAUGAUAGAUUAAUAAACUCAAGGCAAAGAUUCAGAGAAGCGAGACCUCUUAAGCAAGGCGGUAGCAUUGAUUUCUACAAUAAAGUUGAACAAAAGAGCGGAGAAGCAUCUCUUGAUGGGGAGAAGUUUAUAGUUGACUCUCACAUGUCAAUGUAUAACCAAAAAUUCCCAAAGGUUUCAAAUGAAUCAUGAAAAAGGUCUCACAUCAAAACUAUAAAAAGAGGGAUUCUAAAUAAAUAAGAUUAAGAAUACUCUAAGAGAGACUAUCUACGGCUGUAACACUUUAUUAAAGGACAAAAGCUAUCAGAAAAUCAAGCCACCAAAGAGGAGGAUUCAUACUUCAUGGGCUACUACUGAGAGAAAAGAAGACCCCUUCUUAAAUAAUCCUAAUCUUGACAACUAUGACACUUUAUUGCUGAGAACUUCAGAAUCACUGGAUAAAUCUAUCAAGAAAGCAGACCAUAUGAUUUCAUUUGAGAAGAAGACUAGACCAGGUGUGAGAGAGAAAUCAGAAAUUCUCAAAUCCUAUAUUGCUCAGAGGAGCCAGAGAUAUCACUUAUCUGCGUACGAUUCUAGGUAUUAAAGAGAUUUCAAGUAAUAGAACUAACCAUUUUGCCUGUUCAUAUUUAUGACCUCAUGCUACUGAAUGUCUU